UUCUUAAGGAGGGCAGUCAGAGACCUUUGGAUCAAAGUGACUUUUUACCCUUGUCAGACGAGACCUCUGGCCGUUUUGUCACCGAGAAGCUUCGAACUAGCUGGGAAAGCAAGAAACAUCAUUGCAAGACACAUGGGAAAAGGCCUAAACUUUGGAGAAGCGUGUUUGAUAUGCUUUCUGUCAAAGACGUUAUCAUCAUUUUGACGGGGAAUGUAUUGUAUACAACUUCUCGCCUUCUGUUUCCACUGUUUCUCGGGUAUUUCGUUUCAAUGCUUAAGUCAGCUGAGGCAGAGAAUACUUACCUGAUCUACGCCUGCGCCUUAGCUAUGUGUCUCAAUGGUUUGAUCGGUGGUCUUGGUAUGCACCACCUAGACUACAGAGGUGAAGUGUUGGGGAUCAAAAUAGGCAGCGCACUGAGGGGACUGGUGUACGACAAGACGCUUCUUCUCAGCAAGCAGACGCUACUGGAAUUCACUGCAGGACGCUUAUUUGACCUGAUAUCUAAUGAUGUUAAGAGAAUGGAAGAAGAGACAGUCAAGUUUUUUUUCUUAACACCUUUUGCUGUCCUUUCCUAUGCAGGAACAAUAUUCCUUAUCUACAGUUUGAUUGGUUGGCAGGCUACUACGGGUGUGUUUUUUCUGUGUAUUCUCAUUCCAUACUUUGCCGUCUUGUCCUAUGCUAGUGCCAAGUUGCGCUUGCGCACAGCUACAGUGUCUGAUCAGCGAAUCUCCCUAAUGAAUCAAGUAGUUUCCGGAAUCCGCGCGGUCAAGACGCAUGCGUGGGAGGACGAAUAUCGGCGAAAAACAAAAGAUAUACGAAGAAAUGAAAUCAGCGUCAUUUCGAAGAGGACAGCCAUUCAGUCAAGUCUAGAUGCCUUGUUGUACAGUGCAACGCCCCUAGCAACUCUGGUGUCAGUAAUUACUAUGGUGCUCACAGGCCAGACCCUCACACCUGCUAAUGUUUUUAUGCUGCUGUCGUUUAUGGGUUUUCUAAAACUUGGUGGCAUGAGGUAUGUGAUAUAUGGUUUCCUGACAACAUAUGACGCGUACGUUUCCCUUGAAAGGAUCGAAGAAUUUCUUCUCUUGGAAAAUUUAUCGGCAGCCUCGGAGGGUGAUGAAAGUAAGAAACGCCAACAAAAGGUCGAGAGUACCUCCACUAAACAAAGUAGCAGUUGCUUGAAAAAAGAAGCCGAAAAUAUGGAGAACGUCUCACUCUCUUGUGAAGCAACAGAGCUAGGGCCAACUGAUCUAUGCGUGUCAAAUUUAACCUGCGCAAAAAACCAUCGUGAAGAUGAAGUUAUUCUUCAGGAUAUCAACUUUGUUGCACCUUCAAAGAGUUUAACAGUUAUCACCGGGCCGGUUGGAAGUGGUAAGUCUACUUUACUCUCAGCGAUCGCUGGUGAAAUUUCCGACACUAGUGGGACGAUUUUUUAUCGAGGUAAUGUCAUUUACUUGCCUCAGACUGCUUGGGUGUUCUCGGGAACGAUAAAAGAAAACAUUCUGUUUGGCCAGCCCUACGAGGAGUCCAUGUACGAAAGAAUAAUCGAGGUCUGUGCUCUGAAAGAAGACUUUCAGCGGUUACCUGAUGGUGACCAAACAGUUGUUGGAGAACGAGGUGAGGUUCUGAGUGGAGGACAACAGGCAAGAGUAAGUUUGGCUCGCGCAGUUUAUGCUGACGGAGAUUUUUAUCUGUUGGAUGACCCACUAAGUGCCGUCGAUUUCAAAGUUGGCCAACACAUCUUUAACAAGUGCAUCAAAAAUCUACUGGCUGAUAAAACUGUUCUGUUAACCUCUCAUCAGCAACAGCACAUGGAAAAUGCCGAUGAAGUAAUUGUGUUGUACAAAGGGCAUGUCCUGGGCAAGGGACGCUUUAUUGAGCUGCAAGGAAUAGGUGUCAUCAAUGCAACUUUUGACCCGCUCUAUAAAGAAACUUUAGAGGACAAAACAGAAUCAUCUGAGACGUUUGCCUGGGAGGAUACUGAGAAACACGAUGAUGCUGAAAAAUGCCAGACAAUUCAUCCCCUGCCUAAUGAAGCGAGGAGUUUGGAGAUAGCAAAGGAGGAUCGUACAAUCGGAGUUGUGACGUCUAAGCUAUACUGGGACUACUUCAGAAGUGGAGCACAUCCUUUGAUGAUAACUGGAAUGGUUGUUUUAAUUCUCAUUACUCAAGCCGUCUUAGUUGCUCCGGACUUGUGGCUCUCCUUUCUUGCAAGGCUAAUCCCAGAAGAUCAGAAGAACAGGACUUUUCUUUCUGUCUUCGCGUGUCUGGUUGGCGCGUGUUUUAUAUUUACUAUCAUUCGGGCUUAUGGAUUCCUCCUACUUUCUCUCAAGUGCGCCGAGCGUCUCCACGAUAAAAUGGUUGUGGCCAUUUUACAAGCACCUGUCCUGUUCUUUGAUUCAAAUCCUGUGGGAAGAAUCCUAAAUCGCUUCUCGAAUGAUAUUGGCUGCGUGGAUGAGUUGUUACCCAAAACAUUCCUGUGGGCAAUACAGGUGCUCUUGCUGAUCUUUUUCCAAAUUCUGGUAACAGUUGCCACAAAUUUUUGGCUCGUUUUUGUUGUUGUUCCAAUUUCCGUGUUGGUCGUUGUUCUUUCCAAUUAUUACUUGAAAACGGCCAGAGAACUGAAGAGGUUAGAGUCGAUAUCCCGCAGCCCAGUGUUCGCUCACUUUUCGGACACUCUGGUUGGAUUGGACACGAUCCGUACAAGAGGAAGACAGACAGAUUUUGUAGCCGCGCUAUACAGAUAUCAAGAUGUUCAUAAGCAGGCAUACAUUAUGGUGAUCGCCAGCGGUAGAUGGCUCGGUACACGUUUGGAUUGUCUCGCUUCCCUGUUAGUCGGUGCAGUUGCUCUGGCUGCAGUCUUGGUAUCUCAAGAUGCCGCUUCUGCUGGUCUCGCUCUCGUUUAUGUCAUCCAAACUCUGAACAUGACUCAAUACGCAGUUAGAAAAGCCUCUGAAGUAGAAAACUACAUGACGUCAGUUGAACGAGUUAUGACCUACACCAAACUCGACCAGGAGCCUGGAUACGAGGAAGAUCGACAACCCCCAAAAGACUGGCCUCGGAGAGGAAGUAUUGUAUUCAGGGAUGUAUCUCUGACUUACUAUCCGGGGGGACCUCAAGUGCUGAAGGAAAUAAAUCUUAGCAUCAAAGGAGGAGAAAAGAUUGGAGUUGCCGGCCGCACAGGAGCUGGGAAGUCAUCCUUUGUAGCAGCUCUUAUGCGCAUGCCUGAUGCUGACGGAGAGAUAAUCAUCGACGAUGUUCCAAUUAAAGAGAUAGGCCUCCAACAAGCCCGACAAGGUAUCUCAGUUCUUGGCCAAAGUCCCGUUCUUUUUAGUGGAUCGUUGAGAAAAAAUCUCGACAUUUUAGACAGGUUUCAAGACGCUGAAUUAUGGCAGGCUUUAGAGGAUGUGCAACUGAAAGAUUUCGCCGAGAGACUUGAGGCCAAGCUCGAUCACGAACUGCUGGAACAUGGCGCUAAUGUCAGUGUUGGAGAGCGGCAGUUAAUUUGCUUGGCUCGUGUGCUGCUACAACGAAGUAAAAUUGUCGUCUUGGACGAGCCAACUGCGCAUGUAGACCCAGAUACAGAGCAGACGAUAUGGAAUGUAGUGCGGGACAAACUGAAGGAGUCCACUGUCAUCACUAUAGCUCACCGUUUGAACACGAUAAGAGACUGCCACAAGAUUUUGGUCUUGAAAGAUGGAAAAGUUGAUGGAUUUGACAAAUUUGAUUCAAUAAUGAACUAUAACUGAGAUGCACUCUG